ACUGCCUCCAUCAUGUGAAACGUGUGAUGUGUUGUCGACAAAUAUUGCCUAAGGAGUUGGCGCUAGAAUUCCUCACCACGACAUUCUUUCUUAAAACGACAAAUCUACACAGCUUGUAUUUUGCUUUCAAGGCUGUUCGUCAGAUGGGAAUUGGAGGUGAAGCUGCGCCGAGAUGGUAAGAGCGCUCAGUUCAUCAUCAACUGCCUUUCGUCUGGGCCAUGUGAUGUAAAACUGUUCGAUGCAAUCGCGGCCGCGUCCUAUAUUUAACAGCAAGAAACAUACUGAUCUCGGAUUGCUGAUAAAUAUUAUCCGCAAUUGUUAUAAUCCCGAUACAUCAACUUCGCAUAGCGGCAUCCAUGGGAGUUCGUACGUAGUGUUUCAACUGUCGACAUAUCCAGAAGAUGUGGUGAACAUGAGCUUUAUGGAUAAAUAGUGUUAAACUUCACUUAGAUUGU